AUAUUUUUUCUUGUAGCCGCCAUAUGUAGUCCUCCAUGUUUUCUGUUUUCCAACACUACCGAUAUCAUCGCCGUCGACUACAAAACGUCUGCUGUACAUUCUGUGGUCACUGGAUUAACCAGAGCUGUGGCACUUGAUGUUCAUUUUGAAAAGCGUUACAUUUUCUGGAGUGAUGUUUCUGAGCGGAACAUAAAACGUUCAGGUAUUGACGGGUCCAGUAUCACGACAAUUAUCACCAAUGUUGGUGUUUGCGAUGGAUUGGCAGUUCAAUGGAUAACAUCAGAAUUGUACUGGACUGAUUAUACUCAAGAUACGAUAUCCAAAUCUGACCUUUCGGGUAAUAACCAGCAAACAGUGCUAUCCUUGGGACUUAAUAAACCUAGAGAUAUCGCUCUAGAUCCUGAUAAGGGGUGAGUUUCCUCAAGUCUGUUUUUCUUUUGCUCAUCCUGUUUUGUCAACGGCCGCAAUGACUAGAUUAGACCGAUUAUUCGCUUUUAAGUGGACUAUCUUAAGCCUGAAAAAAUUGCAAACAUUUAACGGUGUCCCUGAAACUGAUUGAUAAUUUUGGUAAAAAUAAAUGAAUAAAUAAUAAUAUGAAUAAGAAAUUUGUAUUUCCGCAGUUCACAUCAUCAUUCUAUGUUUCGUUCCUUUCACCGCUGAAGAUGAAGUCAACAAAUUAGCCUGCUCCCAAUGCGUGGGUCUUCAUAACUCAAUUGGUUAGAGUUCUGAAGCGCUUUCAGAGGCCAUGGGUUCGAAUCCCGUUGAAGUCCCGAAAUUUCUUUUUUCCAGUUAAUUUGCAAUUGACCAUUGCAGAAAAUACCAUAACAUACCAUAAUGCUCUUUGUUUUUUCUCCCCAAAAUUUUACAUAAGCAUUGUUUUCAGUUUCUCUUGGGGCCGUUUUAGCUCCCAAGAGAAACUAAAGACAAUACUUAUGAAAAAUUUUAGGGUGACAAACAAAGAGCAUUAUGGUAUGUUCUGAUAUUUUCUGUAGUGGUUAAUUGCUUAAAUUGCAAUUACCACUGCGACGAUCAUAACUUCAUUUUAGGAGGGAGAGGCCAUCUCUAUUGUUUUCAAGUGUUUGUCUGUGACCGAUUCAUUACUGCCGGUGUGACGUCACAUACUAUCGGGCGACAGCCGUUGGGUCGCUCGUGCAAAUUUGCAAGGGACACCAUAGUCAUUCGAACAAAAGAGGGCGGGGAAAAGAUUAAAAGCGUGGCAAAUAUUGCUAUUUAGUAUAUACUAAAACAGUACUCAAUCAGUGAAUAUCCUGCACUAUUCACUGAUUCACCUCCAGUUCCUCAGAGCGAGCGACGCCAACCUCGCGUAGGUUGCGAGCAAAAUGCUUUCCCGGUUUGCUGCCGUAACAAACUAAGAAAUUUCACAACUAAUCAAGCAAGCUAUUUCCGAAAUACAUGAAGAAGGUGACGAAGUUCGGUUUGGAAGUUUUAACAGGUAAAGCUUUGUCUUUUUGACUUGAAUAGUUAUCGAUAAAACCGGUGAAAAAGUUUUUUGUUUACAAAUGCAAAUUAAGCUUAAGUCUUGCGUUACUUUAUUUAGUUGACUUGUUCAUAAAUAAGCUUAAAACUAAAUUUAAUAAUCUUUUUUACAGAAUUAUUUUAAAUACAAACAGAAUUCACAACUCCUUUUGAAGAAACUUCCCCGCAAGAGCUAAACAAACGCCUUCAAAAGUUUUAUUUGUCGCUAAGAAAAAGCGACGACCGCGGCCGUUCGGUCAUCGCCCGCCAAAAUUGUAAUCGUUGGCAACAGUAAAUGAGUUAAAAAUCAUCAUUUUGUGUUCAAUUAUCUCACUGUUUUAGUAUAUACUAAAACAAUUAUUCACCUCCACUUCGGUGAAUAAUUGGUAUACGUAGUUAAUGAGUGAGCUUCGUUGUUUUCUUUUAUAUAUCUGCUUGUGUAAACCAUCUUGGUAUUUUGUGUCCGUAAUUGUGUAAUUUUGUUAAUUGGGCCGAGUUGCGGGAAGGAAUCCUCUUAACGGGACCAGCAAGGGCAUAAAAAAUUAGUCCACCACCCCACGGUGCCAAUCCGUUUUGGUGAAGUCUAUAAGGGUCUAGUACGGUGACCAGAAGUAUUUUUUCCAGCCACGCGUCAAUGCCUCAAGUUCAAGGAACCACGGCUGCGACAGCAGUCAAAACGUCGCUUUUUCAUAAAAAGUGAAUUGGCAUUCUCUCAAACAUUUCGCUAUUAUUACAAGUUAUUUAUUUUGCCAAAUGUAGGCAAACUCGUAGAGGAGAAAAGUUCGUCUUUGUUUGUUUACGUCCUCAAUAAAACGUGAAAUUAGGCAUUUUCACCUCGUCGUCGAGCAUUGAUGGCAAAGAAAUGUUGAUAAAGCAAUACGAGGCACGGGCAAAGUUCUUGAUUUGCUAAUCAAACUUAUUGACUGGCCGUACUACGCUUCCCGAAUACGUAGAAGAUCAUGGCGGCCGUAAUGUCUCGUCCGUUAAGUAUUUAGUUGCAUUUUACGUGCUUAGAACGCCACUGUAUAUUUGAAACAGAAUCGCAAGAUUUACCCAUUUUAUACCUUUUUGGUCUUCCUUGGAAAUUGCUGAAGGCUCAUUUUUCGAUUAUGAGCACCAAAUUCCGGUGUCAAGCACGACACCCAAGUGAAAAAUACAGCUAAAUACCCAAAACACAGUUGACGGGAAAGAGGAUUUCAUAAGGGAUACAUCUCACCAAGUGCUGUGAAUGAGACUUAUAAAACACAAACAAUCCCUGAAUUUGCCCAUGCAUCGUUUUUUUAUGAGGGUUUUUUUUUCACCAUUUCCUUACCGUGGGAGGGGGGGGGGUCACUGCACGGCUUCAACCUCAGUAGAGUUCACCAACAUUUGACAAAGUACGCGAGUUAAUUGGAAUUAUCGCGAUUUUAAGCGACAUUUUCACCGCUAUAUAGUCGUCGUGGUAUCUUAAACUCCCUGACUUGAGGCACUGACCGGUGGAGAAAAAAAUUACUUCCGGACAUCAUACUAGAACUUUCCUUAGUCUUCUUGCUUAGAGUCCCUAAUUUCAGCUUUCAAUUUGUUAUUUUAAAACCACUUUUGUCUGCCAUGGACGCCGUUUGAAGCUGGUUGAGCUGUAGUUAUCAUGAAUUCAAAGAUACAAAUGAAAAAAUUAAAAUAGCUUAAACUCGUAUUUCGAGGUUAUUUCGCAUUGUUUCAGAUUCAAAAGGCCGACUGAUCGAUGCUCUUAAUAGAACCUCCUAUUCUGGAGACUAGACAUAGCCAAUUUUAGAGAAAAAAUGAUCAGAAAUAGUUUUUUAUGCACUUGAUGGUCCCGUAACUGAAAGAAGAUGGCAAUCCUGCAACACGGCUCGCGACACAAAAUUAACAAAAUUACACAAUUACGGACACAAAAUACCAAGACGGUUUAUGGCAAGCAAAUAAAAGCGACAACAAAGCUCACACACUUUAUAGUGAUCAAAUUAGCAAUGUAUAGCAAUUUUUGCCUAGCUCAUUUAAUCUUUUCCCCGACCUCUCUGACCGGUCUUGUUGGAAUGACUAUUGUGUCCCUUGCAAAUUUGGACAAGCGACCCGACGGCUGUCGCCCGUUAGUCACACAUGAGAUGGCCCCUCCUCCUGCUUCAUUUAAAUGUGUAUUUCCGCAGUUCACAUCAUCAUUCUAAUAAUAAUAAUAAUAAUGAUGAUGAUGAUGACGAUGACGAUGAUUGUAACGAUGGUGAUGAUGAUUAUGAUUUUAAUGAUAAUAGUAAAAAGACAACAACUUGUUGAUUCAUUUUUUUCUGUGAUGGUUUAACAUGCAGUAUUAUGUACUGGCAGAUGAACAAUUAUAUCUUCUAUAAAUUGACAGGCUGAUGAUUUGGACAGAUUGGGGUUCGAGCCCCAAAAUCGAAAAAGCAGCCUUAACAGGGAGUCAGAGAGUUGCUAUAGUCACUUCAAACAUCAAGUGGCCGAAUGGGAUCGAGCUUGAUAGAUGGAAUAAUCGCAUUUAUUGGGUAGAUGGAGCUGUGGAUCGAAUAGAAUCUGUCGAUUACAAUGGUAAUAACAGGAAACUGCUUGGGCCAAUAACUAAUUUUCAUGGUUUUGGAGUAGCCAUCAUUCCUCCUUUCCUGUUUUUCACUGACUGGGCUUCAAACGGCCAGAUUCACCAAGUUGACGCAAUGACUGGGUACUUUGUUGUCAGCAGAGUCAGCUUCACCGGUAGACCAAUGGGCAUCGUUGCAUAUGACCGUUCCAGGCAGCCUCCAGGUAAAGUGAAUCGUGUCCCAAACUUACAUUGUAUUCAACCUCGUAUCUUUUGCACUUUAUGGGACUCUCAACCUCCAGGUAAAAUCAAAUUGUGCCCCAAUCUAUCACAGUAUUCAUCCUCUUAUCUUAAGGGGGUUUUCUUUUAAGCCCAACUUGUAGUCAUACAUUGAUGAGAAAGCCAAAAGGGCUUGCGCAGCUAGCUAAAGAGGCAAACUCUUUUUCUUUUUUUCUGUUUUGAUUUGUUUUUCGUAGUUGAGAUAACUCUGGCUACGACCAUCUCUGACUAUUUUGGUUUUAUAUUCCCAAGCUAAAGUUUGCAUCAAGGGGGCUCUCUCUAUAUUUAUAGCAAAUAAAACAUAUUGAUAUGACUGUUGAACGGAAAAAAAAAUUACUCCGCAAAAAGGAAAUAUUUUGGCAAAGUAGGCUAAAAACUUUGCAACCUACUGGACUGAAUAAACGUAUCCCUAAGUCCAAAACUGAUUGGCACGUGAUUACUAAAUCACUCUCUUUGGUUAUUAUUUGGUGUUACGAUGCACGAAUUUAUGCUAAUUAGUAUAUGCACAUGAUGAAACUAUUGACACCAGGAAACCUAUGAAACCAUGACUCCAUGAUACUUUCAUUAUAUGACAUAGACAUUGGCAUAUACUAAUUCGCAUAAAUUCGUGCACCGUAACACCAAGUUGUAACCCUCUUUAUUACGUCACAGUAAGCUACUCUAAUCAUUUGUAAUUAUACCCGAAGCAGAAACCCCUGAUGAAGCCAGAAGCCGACAAGCGUUGGGUUUAAAUUAAAGCAAUUUAUGUUUGAAGACCAUUCUCUCGAGUGCAAUUUAUAUAUAUGUAUAUAUAUUCGUCUUUUAUAAUUACCAGUGGUAAGGUUUUAGACUUUUACAUAUUCCAUCGUUUAAAAGUUCCCAGUUCCCAUUUCCAAGCCAGCAGAGGGAUCUCAAGGCAAGAGUUAAAUGAGAUGAAGGAGAGAGACCUCUGCCGCCCCACGGCGCGUUCUUUCACGUAGCCGCCGAUCAUAUUUGUGGUCGAAACUCACUGGUUUUCAAAACCGGUUUCGUUUAAAAUGGAAUGCGCAUGCCCUGUUGAGACCGUACGCUGGAAAUAUUUAAACCCACGGUUGUGAAUAAGCUAGCUAGAGUUUAUUCCAUUUAUUCGUAUUUCGGAGCACGAUCACUUGAACUGGUACGCCAUUAAAAACAUUACUGGUUGUUAUAGAAACGCCAGUGUAUGCGUGUAUGUGUAAGCAUUAUUUAUUUAUUUCUAUUUUUUUUUAGAGGGGGGUUAGGGGGUGCGGGUGGAUGUCUCUCUCUUUCAUUUCAUUUCUCUCCAAACAUCAGACGAUGAAAAAAAAAAUGAUCAUACGUUGUUAAAAUACAGCACGCUUUCGGAAAUAUCUGGCGCUGUAUAGUCAACUCUCUUCAUAGCGGACACCUUAAGAGCGGAUGUCAGUAAAUAUCGACCAGAGGUCUACAAAAGUGAAAAAUCGAAAAUUCUCAAAAAAAUUCACAAAGUAGCACUAGGUAAGCUAUUAACAUAAAUGUAAUUUUUACUUCGAUCCGAUAAUUAUUUUUCACGUACGGGGGGGUUAUUGGUUUUGCGGCUCUCGGACCGGGUUUUCCAGGCCCGAGACCAUGUGUCGCAAAAAAAUCGUUUUAAAAUUCAAAUCCAUUGUAAUGUGGACAACAAAUAACUUAUUCAGAAGAGUACUUAAUUGCACACAUUCUAAGUGGUGAUUUAUUCAGUUUGAACGAAAAUGUAAUAUUUUGGAAAUUUUUCAUUAUUUUCAAUAUUUUGAACGUUUUCGUUCAAUGAAAAAAUGGCAAAUUUCAAAGCGCAAAAUAGUCGACUGGUACCUCGAUUUCAGUAACGAGUCUUAUACCACGUUAAAGAGCGUUAUCUCUUCUUUCAAAAUCUGUUUUCAAAACUACGGGCAACUUAAAAGAAAAUGUUUGAGGCCAAAAAAUACUAGUAGUACUUUUCUGAAAUUUGAGCUUUCCAGACUCAGCGGGUCGAUGCUAAAAACUCAGAAAAAUGCAAUAAGAAAUCAGUUUGAGCAACAGUGAUUUAACGUUAUCAGCUAUCAGAAACCAACACGUGUUUAUCGAGCGAUCUGAUAAAAUUUAAAGCCGUUUUCCAACAAGAAAAGCAGAGUUUAGCCAUCUUCUGCUACCAAACGCACGAGUGACGCAAGGUUGUCAAAGGGCAAAGCACAAUAAUCAACUUCAAAAAGCACAACGUUUCUGCGUCCAGGAAUUAGACUUUAGCGGACAGAACAAUGCCUACGAGUGUAUGUUUCAUACCUUAGCAUGGGUUUCCUAGAUACUGGAAAUAAAAAACAUCAAGGACAGCAUCGACAAGAGCAUCUUCGGCUGCUCUCAAACGACGGAGAUUGCGUUACUUUUCACAGAUUGACCGCUUACCACCUGUUUUUGGGCUCGCAUUUCGACGGAACGCUUGCCUCGAGAGGCGCGCGGCACGGAUCUGAACUCUUCUUCUCGAGACAUUGAGCUGAAUUUAUCGGAAAUAUGCCACCACCAACAACAACAUGAGCUUUUUUCGGGUAUUUGUCGUUUUUUAUGCGAAAAGCUCGGGUAAGCAGAUUCUCGCAAAAACCAUUUGGCUUAAAAAAUGUGUUUAAAAGCCCACCCUGGAUUUGAAGCAAAAAGUGUUUCCUCGAAAUAAGCUAAAAAUACCCAAUUCACGCGGUGAAAAAAUGGAUGAUUAUGGAAGGAUUAUCGAAUUCUUGCCUAACCUGAGGGAUUUCCCGUGAUGUAGGAUUAGGGCUAGGAAAAAAGCCCAUAACCUGCUCCUGUCGUUUUGAAUUUCCUCAAAAUCAAAAAUUUCAGUAAGAACUGAAAACAACAGCUUAAAGCAGGUGCACACACCUAGACCUAGCCAGGGAAAAGGAGCUUCUGAUUGAGCUAAACUGUCAUUAAUGCACGGUGCAAUUAGGUAGACCUGUUACUAUCCCCCGCGCAACCACAUGGGGAGUACUUUGAAGCGGUCCUGUCGGGGACUUUCGGGGGUAGGGGGCGGGGCAAAUCGAAAAUAACUUCUCUUUGUUUUUGUGAAGUACAUCAUUUCUCGCACGGUUGACAAGGUGACGGAGGACUCCGUACCUUUGGAAAGGCCCUUUUGAAACAUCUCCAGGCAACAUGCAGGGCAUCACGAAAUUAACGUCAACACUUUGAAUCAACUCCAUGAACAGAGAAAGGCGAUAAGUCCCAUCUUAAAAGAUGCUUGAUGUCUAGAAGUGAAUAGUCUGUCCACAGACAUUUUUCAUUUUGUAUUUCGGGACCAUUUGACAGCGUACGAGUGAACCGGAGCGCAGUAACGAGCCCUAACCCCACCCCAUUACCCUUGCGGUCAAUAAAUCAUCGCGUUUUUCAUUUUUUUCAUUGCGCGUUCGAGAACCUCCAAAGGGAAUUUAAUAUUGAGGGUCUUUGUACAGUUUCAGUUUAUUUUACCGACAAAAAAGAACAAAACAAAGCAAAAGACAAGUAUACAGAAACACGCAGAAGCAAUGUGGUGAGGAAGCCCAAAAAGAAACCAUAAGGCUUAGGUCAUCCCCUUUUCGUUCGUUUAGCGUCGAAUAGGUUUCCUGGUUUUGGGUGGGUCGGUCGGUGGGGUGAAAAAAAAAAUCACAAGAAAUCUGAGAACGGGAGGCCUGAAACACCAGCAUCAUUACCGUGGAGACUGAAAACAACAAGACAUGGUCACCAAAUCGACACAAACUCAAUAUGGCGGAAAAUUUGAUGGGCAAUUUCAUAAAAAAAGGCCCAAAAAGGGUAAAAAGCAAAGAGGAUACACCACCGAACGUUUUAUGCCUCGAAAUGAUGUUAUAAUGCUAAUUUUUUAGAUUAAAAGAAUUAAUCUAAGUCCAAAAAAAUAAACCUUGUCGUUUCUUUUUCUUGCUUUUUUAAAAAAUGCCAAAAAACUGGGUCUUUUGGACAACACUAAACGAAGAAAAAAAUAACAUCGGUAUUAAGGUAUCAGCCACCCUUCAGGACAGUCCGCGCGAGGAUCGCUGUAGCGUUAGUUGUUUUUAUAAAAACCCCUAUAAACCAUAUAUUUUUUAAAAGCUUAAUAAUUCCAGAUUAUGGAUUUGAACUAACAAAAACGAUUUACUUAAAUGUGUUUCGAAAUUGGAACGCUUUGUGUAAAAGUACACGUCUCUAUAAAUCAUGUUCCACUCGCGCCGGAAAUAAACGGAAGAAAACAAUUAACACCGCAUUCGCUUCUCAACACGUUCCACUAAAAAACCGUGUCUCAGAUUUUUGACAAGUGCGUUUGUUUUUCUUUUAUUAGCAAAUGAAGUUGGGGAAGGCAAUUAGUCAACACUCCCUGUGGAAAAAAAGCUCUAGCUUUAAAAUGAAAAGGAGUAUCAAAAUUCGCAGACACGGUUUUGUAGAAAAGAUAUAUGGCAUCACUCUGGCCAAAUUUUAGCCAAAUUGAUUGAAAGGCUGCCGACUUGGAGUUCAAAACGUACGAGUCGACCGGCAAAAUUUGCGUUCAGAGAUAAAAUAGAAAAUACAUUUUUGGCGGCAUCCUACCUGGAAUGAGAUUAUAACACCUAAAUGUUUGUUCUGAUUGAUAUCAGAGAGGGAUUAAUUUUCUCUAACAAUAGGUCUUUGACAGGUAACGUGUAACAGGAACAAACUUUCGCGGCAAGCAAGUGAACAGUUUAAUUCUCCGUUGGAAAACUUCCACUCUUUUACACCACGAGAAGCACGGUUUAAUUCUUUCUCGAGCAAAAGUUUUGCCUCUCCUUCGAUCUUUUUUGUAUGAUCCGCCCAGGCAUUUUUGUUGAUCGGCGCCAGGCCAAGGAAACUAAAAAACUUUGAAGCCGCCGAAUGUCCACCACCGAUUGCUCGAAGGCCAAGAACUGAGGCCCGGUUUAUUUCAAACGCUCUGCUCUUCUCGGAAGAAUUAAAAACAGAAUUUGUCUUGUGCGACGGACAGCUUUCAUUCUCGCCCUGGAUUCUCCAGGUAGAACCAAGUCCAUGCUUAGUCGCUACAUUUUCCAUGACUUGGACUCUUCCCUGGCAAAAUCGACAAGAUACAGACUCGUCCAGUUUCGCUCGAUACAAUAGCUCGACCGCUUAUUGUUUUCCACGUUCCAUCAGCAGAUGGGGUCGAUGAGCUUAAUUGGCUUUCUUCAUCUGGUUCUUCAAGCUGGAUUUUGGAGCAGCUUGCACUCUCAGUAACUGCAGCCUUUUUGCUUUUCUGAAUAUCCAACUCCUCGAGCCACUUCUCUUGCUGAUAAAAUGAGCCCAUUCUUUGUCAAACUCGCUCUUCGAUUUCUUUCUCGCUCUCGGUUUCGAUGACGAAAACGGACACGACCUUUUCUUUUUUUUUUGGCGGCAUUUUUACCGAAGCAAACGCUAAAUAUCCACGGAGAUUAAUACUAAAGGCUAAAAUAACAACCCAAAGACAAUUCGCACGUGUUGUAUUGAAGCACGCACUCGGUAACUGAUAUAUGACACGGGUAUGACAGAUCUUGUCAACGAUCAAUUAAGAUAAUUAACGAGAAAAAAUCUUUUACCCCCGAUAUCUUUCGACAGAAAUAAUAUUUUCUUCUGAUUUUUUUUUAAAAGAAAGCUCUCAAGCAUACCUAUUUGAAAAUGUUGAAACCUCAAAUAUGGAAAAAUGGCAAUUUUAAGGGUGGCUGAUACCUUAAGCUCCCUUAAAGUAUAAAAGUAUACGUUUACAAGGACAGCAUCGAACAUAUACUGAGUAACUAAAUGAUAAAAAUUUGAUCAAAAUUAAAUGAAAGGCUAAGAGCCUAAGCGCUGUCUGAUAACGAAACGGUAAACAAGAAGUGCUGCCUCUCAUUUAAAAGAGACGUGAAAUACUGGGUGGACCACAUCCUGAACUCCCGCGAAAACCGCAAGAGAGGAACGCUCAGGACUAAGGAGACUAAACAGGGGCGUAGCUACUUGUACGCACGGUUUGCAUGUGCGUACCCGAAAACGUUGAGGAAAAAAAAUAGAAUAAAAUAAACAUAACUAAAAAAAAAAUCGGUUUCCAGAGAAGCGACGACAUUAAUUGGAGAACCGGAUCUUGGAUGAUUUAUUUAUAUAGCAAGCUUGAUGAUGUAAAGCGUGAACGCGUUGUUUUCUCCACGACCUGUCUUCGGAGUAGACGAAGUAGGGCACAAUUACGUCAAUGUGUGGUGCUUUUGUCGGUCAAAAAUAAUGUGACAAAAAGAGGUAAAAAGAGUCAUUUGUAAACUAAAGUCGGAGGUGCUACAAGCUUGAUUUUUAAUAGCUGAAUUAAUGAUAAACGGUUGACGUCAAUGAACAUAACAAGCCGACAGAAUUAAAGAAUUUUAGAGGUUGUGUCAUUUCAUAAACAGCAAAAAUGCUUUUGCUUACAACCGUUAACCCCACCUUUAAUAAAGGCACCUUAAAAAAAUGUUGAGAUUUGGGGUGGUGAUUUGCCUUGUUUUAUGUUAGUUUAAAUUCUAUUUACUGUAUUGUAGUGUUUUCACUGUUAUUUAGUCCAUAUAUAUAUAAAUCUUGUUAACCCCACCUUUAAUAAAGGCACCUUAAAAAAAUGUUGAGAUUUGGGGUGGUGAUUUGCCUUGUUUUAUGUUAGUUUAAAUUCUAUUUACUGUAUUGUAGUGUCUUCACUGUUAUUUAGUCCACAUAUAUAUAAAUCUUGUUUUGUAAUAUGUCUUCAGCUCCCCCCGCCUCGAUUAGUUCAUAAGCUAUUUGCGGGUGGGAAAGUAAUGUAAUUAGUUAUUUUCCAAUUUUCAAUAAAAUUUGUUGUUGUUGUUGUUGUUGUUGGUGGGGGGGAGGGGGAAGAAGAUGUAGAAAAAGUUGGGCGUACCUCCGGAAAAAUCCUGACUACGUACCUGCUAAAGCCUGAAACUGAACAACAGGAGUCUUGACGAAACGUCCUCAGUUAUCACCUGUCCGGGGUCGUACUUUCAAGGAAACGCUGAUCAAGAAUCACUCAUGACGGAAUGAAAACUCCUCAUAGCUUCCAGCGAAAAAAGGAGUGACAACAGUGGUAAGCGGUCGUUCUGUGAAAUGUAACGCAAUCUUUGCCGUUUACGAUCUUUCGGCGCUUGGAUUUGAAACGUUGUUGUUUGGUAUGUUCUCCCGUGUGGAUACUUGACAUUUCCAAUAUAUGGAAACACCAUGCUAAGGUACGAACAACAGACAUUCAAAACAUUGUUUUGUACGCUAAAAUCUGAUUUCAUGGACGUAAAACGUUUUGAAUUUUAAGACUUUUUAAUAUUAGUGCUUUGCCCUCCCUUUGACAACUUCACGUGACUGGUGCACUUGGCAGGAGUUGACAGCUUAAAUCUGCCUUUCUUGAUAGCAAACGGCAUUAAUUUAUAUCAGAUUGCUGUAUAAACACAUCUUGGUUUCUGAAAGCUGAUAACAUGAAACCAGUAUUGCUCAAACUGAUUUCUUACUGUAUUUUUCCAAGUUUUUAGCAUCGGCCCGCCGCGUCUGGAAAGCUCAAAUUUCAGAAAAGUACUACUUGUAUUUUUUGGCCUCAAAAAUUUUCUUUUAAGUUGCCCGUAGUUUUGAAAACAGAUUUUGAAAGAAGAGAUAACGCUCUUUAACGUGGUAUAAGACUCGUUACUGAAAUCGAGGUACCAGUCGACGAUUUUGCGCUUUGAAAUUUGCCAUUUUUUCAUUGAACGAAAACGUUCAAAAUAUUGAAAAUAAUGAAAAAUCUCCAAAAUAUUACACUUUCGUUCAAACUGAAUAAAUCACCACUUAGAAUGUGUGCAAUUAAGUACUAUUCUGAAUAAGUUAUUUGUUGUCCACAUUACAAUGGAUUUGAAUUUUAAAACGAUUUUUUCGUGACACAUGGUCUCGGGCCUGGAAAACCCGGUCCGAGAGCCGCGAAACCAAUAAACCCCCCGUACGUGGAAAAUAAUUAUCGGAUCGAAGUAAAAAUUACAUUUAUGUUAAUCGCUUACCUAGUGCUACUUUGUGAAUUUUUUUGAGAAUUUUCGAUUUUUCACUUUUGUAGACCUCUGGUCGAUAUUUACUGACAACCGCUCUUAAGGGCCUUUAGUUAGUGUCCUCAUUAGCGGGACUUUAUUUCAGUCAAACGCCUGUAAUUUAUUGUUAACUGGGAUUUAGCUGCUGUCCCGUUUUAUCAGAGUGUCCGUUAUAGCGGGGUGUCCGCAAGGCCGGAAAAACCGUUGUUUUGUGAGAUUUAACGCGGUCGCACAGUUAAAUCGCUGAAGGCCGUAAUGAGUAGGCUGAUAAUUUCGCAAGUAUUAGUAACAAACUUUACCACUUAUUGCUUUCUUAGAAGUGUCUUUACUUGCACAUUUAUGUUUUAUUACGUUUUUUUUUAAGUUUCAAGUUCCUGUGCUACAAACAACGGCGGCUGCAGCCAUUUUUGCGUGGUGAAAGCUUCAGCCGGCCACGAGUGCGUCUGUCCUGUUGGUUUGUCAUUGAAGGCAGAUGGAAGGACAUGCAAAAAGAGUAAGUCUCCAGCUACUUUGGCUAUCAGAACAGCUCCUGUUCUCUCUGCAGUAGAAAAUAUUCUUCUCAAUAUGCAUUCGAGAUGUAUUAGAGCUGUUUUCGUCUUCGUCUUCGUCUUCGUCUUCGUCUUCGUCUUCGUCUUCGUCUUCGUCUUCGUCUUCGUCUUCGUCUUCGUCUUCGUCUUCGUCUUCGUCUUCGUCUUCGUCUUCUUGUCCUUCUCCUUCUCCUUCUUCUUCUUCUCCUUCUCCUUCUUCUCCUUCUUCUUCUCCUUGUGCUUCGCCUUUUUCUCCUUCUUCUUCUUCUUCUUCUCCUUCUUCUCCUUCCUCUUCUUCUCCUUCUCCUUCUCCUGCUCUUUCUCCUUAUCCUUCUCCUUCUCCUUCCUUUUCUUCUCCUUCUUUUUCUUUUCCUUCUUCUCCUUCUCCUUCUCCUUCUCCUUCUUCUUCUUCUUCUUCUUCUUCUUAGAGGUAGAUUCAGAUAUCUCUGAUUUCGAAGACCUCCGUCACAAUCAUUUAAUUCUACAGGAUUUAUAGGAGGAAUAGAAGCCCUCAAUAAACCCCUUUGGAAUUUUCUGGGAGUGAGAGCCCUUGUUAUAAAAUCUUUCAAAUGCAUUCUGGACUCUUGAUCUCAGCAAAUAGUAUCUGUAUAACAGGCAAGCCUCCUCGCCCCUUCUCACGGCAAAACAUCUAUUUUCUGUUAAUUUUACCGACGGUUAAUGUAUUGAAAAUGCCACCUCAGUUCACGAUCCGUUUUCUCAUUUCGAAAUUCGCAAGGAAAACUCGGCGUUCACAUUCCGUUAACACCAGGAAAAUAUGCUGUUUAGUUCAUGUUUUCCAGCACACGGAAAACGAGGUUGAACAAUGCGCUUUCUCUCUUUAAACGGGAAUUUUACCAAACGGUUAAUGUAAGGAAAACAUGGCGUCCGUGACUCGUUUCCCACUUCAGAAAAGGCAAGAACAACUUGGCAUUCACCAUCAGUUAACAGGGGGAAAAUAUGCUGAUUAUCCAGCGCGUGGAAAACGGGGUUGAACAGUUCGUUUUCUCUCGUUAAACAAAACUUUGACCAAACGGUUAAUGUCGUGAAAAUAUCAUGUUCCUGACUCCUUCUCCGACUUUGGAUAACACAUGGAAAACUCCCGGGACAACUCAACAUUCACCGGCUGUAACACCAGAAAAACAUGUUGUUCAUUUCACGUUUUCUAGCACAUGGCAAACGCGAUUCAACAGGGCGUUUUGCAACUCAUUUUACCAUCGUUAUCAGCAACGUGUAAACAGGCCGUUGACCGCCAUGUUUUAUUUGGGUCCAAACAUUUCCUGCCAAGAAUUCUCUUGGAUCCGCUUCUGGUACCUUUAUUAACUAGUAAGUCUUAGGAACAGCGAUGUCUUGUACAUGUUCAAAAGUACCAUACAGAAGGACGAGCGUGCACGAGGGGAGAUCUUGGAAAGAAAUACGGUAUUAUUGCUUGAAUAAAACAAUGUAUUUUAAUGAAAACAAGAACGAUCGAAUUUGCUGUUUUCAGUGAUUAUGUACAAAAAAAUAUGAGAAUAGGAGAUAAAGAAGAAAAAAGGACACAGAGAAACAAAAUCAUAAUUUCUUUGAGGCUCGAUAACGUCAAAGACAAAAAGAUGUCAACCCUAAGAAAAUUAAGGUGACAGGUUACUCGUGACUUGCCUAAAGACCUUUGCCGACUCCCUUUUCCUUUGUUCUUAAAGUAGUUUGUCGGGUUUUGAAAUGCAAAUAAACAUUUAACAUGACGACUUAACAAACAGUCGAUCAAUGACAUCGCAACUUGAUUGACCAAUCAGGUCAAUAACCAGCGUUUAAUACCAUCCCAACUGGCGUAAUACAACUCACUUUGACUCCGCUGAAGAUGACUACCGCACAGGUUGUAGAAAAUUCAGACACUGUCAAAAACAGUCCCAUUAAGGUGAUUCGACCCAGUUUUUUUUGGGGGGUACCAUCCUACUUUGAAGCUCUCUGGUAUCCCCACCUUUACUUUUAUCGUAAGUCUAACACAUAGAAUGGAUAACAUAUAGAUCAAUCUACAAUAUAACAGAAAAUUUUUAGCAAUCGGAGUAAAUGUCACGUGGUUAUAAUGGCACGCCCCUUUGAAGUCUGAGUCAAAAAUCUGCUGUUGCCGGCAUUUUUUCGUGAAAAUCUCUCGGUUGGACAUAGAGCGCAUUAGUGCCUUGCGCUGAACAGAGUUUCAUCAAAAUCGCAAAGACCCAAUUCGAGAAAUUCAGCGGUUUCCAAAUUUAGGUCAUAAUUUAUGCGAAAAUGAUAAGAAAACUUUACACGAUUAUAAAAUUCGUAGUUUUUUUUUCCUUCACAUUUUUUCAGGGCCACAAUUGAUUAACUAACUACCCGGACUCUGAAUUUCAUGGUCAUUGAAAAACUGUGACAUUAUCUUCUAUAAGCCCAAACUUGAGUAAACAUUGAAGAUUUUUAGCGUUUUGGCUGAGUUUGUGCUUUGGGAGUUGUCUAUUUUUUCUAGUCUGUCAUUAUACAGCAUUCUUGUUCAGCACGCGUGCAUUGACCGCGCUUGGCUGACUUCUGAAUGCUCACCGAGAUGUGAAAAUUUUGGUACAGUGAGGCAGGCCAUCGCGUGAUACAUAGAGGUUUAACUAACAAUUUUUAAUCAAUUCUCGUGCUUCUUUUGCCUUUGCAAAAAAAUUAAGAAGUGCUACACACUAAAUCUUCUUACAAUUAAAAAGAUAUCAUUUUUUCAUAAGUUUAAUGCAAGCCAAUAAUUAAACCAACUCGUGACGGGAAUCCCUUCUAUUUUCUCAUACUGAAUUAUCAUAUCUCGGUGAGCAUUCGGAAUUCAGCCAAGCGCGGUCAUUGCACGGCAAAUGCCGGCAACAGCAGAUUUUCGACUCAGACCUCAAAGGAGCGUGGCAUUAUAACCACGUGACAUUUACUCCGAUCGCCAAAAAUUUUCUGUUAUAUUGUAGAUUGAUCUAUAUGUUAUCCAUUCUAUGUGUUAGCCUUACGAUAAAAAAGUAAAGGUGGGGAUACCAGAGAGCUUCAAAGUAGGAUGGUACCCCUCCAAAAAAACUGGGUCUAGUCACCUUAAGGACUACGAUAACCCGGACGAUAAUGCUCCACCUACUUAUGAAACAUUUAACUUGUGUUACCCUUUGCAGAAAUGGAUAAAUUCCUCAUUUUUACUGACGCCGAUGCCAUGUUUACUGACAUUGUUUCGUUGGAUGUGAACUAUUUUGUGGCAAGGCGUGUGUUCUGGCUUCUUGGAAAUCAACGCCCGAUUGCUGUGGAUUACGACCCUGUUGAGGACAGUGUAUACUGGACUGAUGUUGCACAAGGACGAAUUAUCAGCAUUGUCUCUAAUGAGACUUCACUGAAGUUCACGGUUCUUUUUCGCUGCAAUGUAAAAGUACCAAAUGGCCUGGCCAUUGACCACGUGGGGCGAAAUAUUUACUGGACAGACACAGGAACAAAUCGUAUUGAGGUAGCUCGGCUGGAUGGGACAAGCAGGAAAUUGUUGAUCAAAGAUGGGCUCGAUGAGCCCAGGGCAAUUGUACUUGAUGAAAGGAAUGGGUGAGUUAUAAAUCGAAAAAGAGUAACACGAUAUAGCUGGUCUCUCUCGCAGCCGUUUUUGUCUCGUCAAGCAAGGCUCUUCAAUACGAAAACUUAAAGGGGCUAUGUCACAAGGGGAGGAGUGUUGCGUGACAAGAGAAACACGGUUGCAAGGAAGACUAGAAAGUAUACGGCUGUAGUUAACUUUUUCUUUAAGUUAAAGCUAAGUGAUCUUAGCUUAUUCACAGGGCGAGGUUCAUGAGAUGUCAAAAUUAGCGUUAUCAAAAAAUGUAGAUCUAUAAACCUGGUAGCUCUAUGGUUUCCGGAAAACUAAAAUUAAAGCUUGUUAAUUUUUGGUUUGUACUAAUAAAGAACGAUGUAUUGGACUGACUGGGGAUCCAACCCAAUGAUUGAGCAAGCAGCCAUGGACGGCUCGUCAAGACGAGCCAUUGUAACAGGAAACCUUGGUUGGCCGAAUGGAUUAACUGUUGAUCCAACUACAAACCUCCUGUACUGGGCGGAUGCUAAACUGGACAAAAUUGAGGUUUCUAACCUCAACGGUGGCAAUAGAAGAGUGAUUAUGUCAUCUUCAGCAGACAUUCACCCAUUUGGCUUGACGGUGUAUAAGAGCAUUUUGUACUGGACCGACUGGAACAGUAAAAGCAUCUCGCGGUACGAUUUAAACAGUAGGAAGACGAAAUUAAUCAUUCAAGGUCUUCAAAAGCCAAUGGAUAUUCACCUGUACGAUUCAUCUCGUGUAUUUUCAGGUAAAUCGUUUUUUAGUUAAGAAAACGCGUCACGAGCAACUAUUGUAAUUAAACGGCACCUCUUACUCUUUUAAAUGUUAUUUACGAUUUUUAUCAAUUAGAGAAUGGUGAAGGCUCGAUUUCCGGCGCUCUCCUACAGAAAAUGAAGGAGUCAAACUUUAUUUACGUAUCCGUUCUGAAUUCUUUUCCUUUUUACAGUGCGGGCACUCAACCAGGACACUUGGAACAAGAUUGUCUAAUCACAAAGCCCAAAAUUCUCUAAAAACAAAAGAUUCUCAAUUUUUUGUUUGCUUGUUUGUUUGUUUGUUUGUUUGUUUUUUUGCAAACUGACCAAUAACAUUCAUUUAUUUAAAGUUUUCAACGGUUACGAAGUGGGAACCUUGAAUUUAAUUGGUCCAUUUGCAAAAAAAGACCUUGAGAAUUUUUUGUUUUCAGAAAACGUUGUGAUUAAACCGUCGUCUUCAAAGUGUCCCGGUUUGAGUGUCAGCACUGUAAAUAUUUUAUUAGGCAAACGAAAAAUAACAACAAAAAGCAAACACAGUUUGACUCCCUAAGUAGUGCAUUAAUGAGCAGAAAAGGUUGAUUGUGCAUUAAUAAUUACAAAAACUGAAAAUAUGUUUAAAAAAUGAUUGUACAGGGUACAUAAACAGCUGUUUUUAAUUCUGUAGUAACUAAUUGACUCUAACUUUACCAGGGUCUCAUCCGUGUGCUAUCAACAAUGGAAAUUGCAGUGACUUGUGCUUGCUUACGCCGCAAGGAGGUCACCAGUGCGCAUGUCCAACAGGAGUGGUACUCAAACCUGAUGGGAAAAGCUGCAAUUAUGGUGAGAGAAUAUGAUUGGUUGUGGUAGAGCGCCUAUAGCACAUGUUUCCUCAUUUUUAUAGGAAAGAAAUAUUCAUGAAUAUUCUGAAAAUUUCAGGAUACGAAUUCUCUUGUGAUUGUCUCACCAUUUCUUCUUUUUUCAGAUUUUUUUUGGAAGCUUAGCUCCGACAGGUUUAUGCUUUUUGCUGAAGCAAAUAGCGGAGAAAUUUACAAAGUUCCCCUGGCUGUACCAGACACUCCUUGCCUUCCUCUGGGGAUCAAAACUAACAUAUCCAGACCAGUUGCAGUUGAUUAUGAUCCGAUUGAGGGCAUGGUCUACUGGACAGACGUGACAUUGCAGCAAAUCGUUAGAUCGUAUCCCAAUGGUUCGGAUCUUAAAGUAAUAGCGGAACGUAAUGUGCAAAAUCCUGAUGGAAUAGCAGUUGACUGGAUUGGACGGAUUGUUUAUUGGACUGAUUAUCGAACUAGUAAGAUUGAAGUGGCACGAUUGGACGGAUCAUACAGAUUUAGCCUCAUAACAUCUGGUUUGGACAAUCCUAGAGCUGUGAUCCUUGACAUCGAUGCUAGGUAAUCAAGAUCAACUAAUGGAGAAUACAACGUAAAAGAUAUACUUGCGUCAAUGGAAACAUGUUAAAAAAUUUUCCGGUUUUUCUGAGGAAGCAGUUGUAACUUUUAUGGAACUCUGUCUGUUUUGUUCCCUUGUACUGUUAGGGCUUCGCUAUUUAUUUAUGCGAAAAUCUUUUUGACUUAAGCCCCUAUAGGCCUCAUAAAAUAGCAAAGGCUGUUCUUGCAUGUGAAAGUCAAAAUUUUAACAAACUUACAACAAAUUUUUACAGUAGCGGCUAUUAAAUAUUGAAUCCUAAAGAACAAACCUUAAUAUAAACAGACAUAGAUGACAGGUAACCUAGUUAAUUUUAAUCAAAAUGGCGGAUGAACCCUAAAAUACCCUUAACUUCAAAAAUGCGUGACUAACGGCCGCAGAAAUCACCAUAAGAUAAUAACUUGUUUCCCAACGUCCUUUUAAGAAAUGUUCCCUUUAUUCUUUAUCUCUCUUUUGACCUCUCUGGUCUGUCUUGAUUUUUAUUUUAGAAAGAUGUAUUGGAGCGACUGGGGAGCCUCACCAAAGAUCGAACAAGCAAACAUGGAUGGCACAGCAAGGACCGUUCUGGUUAGUUCCGGCUUGUCAUGGGUGAACUCACUCGCUUUGGACUUCAAAAAUAGGCUGCUCUACUGGUGUGAUGCAAAACUCGACAAAAUUGAAAGAGUGGACUUUCAAGGGAAUAGCCGCGUGCUAAUACUGGAUUUGUCGUCUAAUAAAGAUAGUUAUCAUCCUUUCGGACUCGCCUUACUCGAGGAUACGCUGUUCUGGACAGACUGGAUUAAAAAAAGUGUUCAUAGCUAUAAUAUGACGUCUUCCCUCACUGAUGUUCUGGUCCAAGGAAUGGGAAGACCCAUGGAAAUCCACAUAUAUGACAAAAGCAGCACAACUUCGGGUGGGUGUCCCUUAGAAAUUUUGCUCUUUUCACUACUUUACAAAGACAAAACCACGCGUAAUUCACAGUCCAUUCAGCAACAAAUACCACUUCUAACAAUCAGUCAACUCAGUGAAGAUAGCACCUUUUUAAUAAUAUUAGCUACAUUACGUACCCUGGUAAAAGAAGCGUCAUUAAAAACGGUGAAUCUCGUCUCAAAGACUUUGCGAUAUUUUUUCCAGUUUUGACGAUUGACGGUUAAAUUUUACAGCGCUUUUGACGGUUCACGAUUAUUAAGUGGAAAUGUAGUCUAAAAGUUGAAGUAAAUAGUAACUUCUGUAUGACUUAAUAUUAACUUUUGUGUUUUGAAGGUUGUCUUGGCCUUUCACUUAUAAAAUUUGGAAAUAUUUUCAGAUAUAAGCAGAUUGCAAAGUAUUGUAAUAUCUAGAAAAAGUGUUUUUGAGAACAUGUGAACUAGUUUUUCUAGUUUGGAGAUUCUUCAGGAGGGAAGAUCAGCUGAAAGAGUGAUAUCUGAAAUACCUUAAAACUUAAUCUGCAUUUUUGACGGUUGACGGUAAAAAUGACUUUUUUAACGUUUGGUCGUUAAUUUUUAGGCUGUUUGACGGCUGACGGUUAAAGCUAUUGAGACCCUCUCAGAGCGAUAUAUUUUUUCAUCUCUCUUAUAGUAUCGUCCUCUACUUCGUAAGAGAAAAGUAGUGAAGAAAUUUUACAAAAAAAAGUCGUUAACAGUUUCUCUUUGCCAGAAUAUAGUUUGUAGAGGGGACCCCAGUACUAACUAUAGCCAGAAAGUUGACGUUUGCGAUGUCCAAGAGCGAAACCAAACGUUCUGUUCAUUGUUAAAACUACAAGCUGGGUCAGCGACCUUUGUUUUGUAUUUACCCUGAAUAUUCACGCCUGUUUGCAUCUUGCAUUCGCACAGGAACUACCCACUGUUCUCAUUUGAAUGGAGGCUGCAGUCACAUUUGCCUGCCAAACCCAAACGGUCAUCAGUGUUUCUGUCCGGAUGGGGUACAAUUGAAACCUGGUGACUCGUCGACAUGUCAAGGAGGUAAGAAUGACCCCGAAAAACACUAGUAUUUUUUAGGGUUUUUUUUUCUUUUUCUUUUUCCUUUUCUUUUUUUGCGCAAUCCCCUAGCAGCUCUGAUCUCUGCUUAAAACACCGUGAUAGACUUAGUUAACGUGCAGUUUAUCUUAGGUGCAUCAGGGGCUAUGUUCAUUUAAUACUACCACAGUGGGAGUUAUAUUGAAAGUGUCGUUCUUUCUAAUCUCGGUUCCCUGUUUUCAUGUGAUUGCACGCUUUUAAAGCAAUAAGAAGACUUAAAGCUUGUUGCUUGCUGACCAUUCUGUAAAAUUCAGAGUUCAGAAUCGUAUUCCACUUUUUCUUGAAAGCAUGCUGGAAUAUUAUUAGUCUGGAUAUUACAAGGUAUACAGUGUUUCCAUGUCUCACACGUUGGGAAGCGCACCCAGUACUCAGAAAAGAGGGCCCUCCAUCACAGGUGAUGAAAGUAGGAGACUGGAAGGCUCUUUGGAGUUGGAAUUUAAUAAAGCGUUCUCCUUUCUUCAUUAAAUAGUGAACCGCUGUCCUCAACUGUUUACACCUAUGCAUGGUAGUUUGUUGCCUUGUUCCAAUUUACCGGGGCAAUCCUGUGUAUUCUCAUGUGACCAGGGAUAUUUGCUGAGCGGUGCAAGCACCAGGACUUGCCAAGGCGAUGGUAGUUGGACUGGACUACAAACACAUUGCACUGGUAAGUCGAGGUAACAUAGUUUACAGAGCAGAAGGUAAAGACCUGGUAACGACCAGCUGAAAUCUUGAAUCCCCGCAACUUAGUCUGUUCUAAAGUAGGUUGUGUUUGAUCGUCCGGGUGAACGUAGUCCUAAAUAGGACUGUUGUCGUUGACAGUGACUGACGUUUCUACAACCUGUCCGGUAGUCAUCUUCAGAGUCAAAGUGAGUUGUACCACGGUUGAUGGUAUUAUACUCUGGUUGUUGAUCUGAUUGGUCAAUUACGUCGCGAUGUUAUUGGUCGUCUGUCAGUUAAGCCGUGACACAUACCGACCGAUUACCAGACCAGUCCCGACCUCUCACAAGGCUACUACUAUCCGGACUUUGACGAGACCAGCGCAACUAGUUUGCGACUCGCCUGACAGCCUACAAGACGAGACUGGUUAUGUUGCAGUUAAUUCUUUAUUUCAGUUAAUUUUUGUUUCCCCUUUGUUUAAAAUUCAUUAGCAUACAUUACCAUUCUCAAAAACAAUAGAGAAAUAAAAAUUAACUGAAAUAUAAAAUUAACUGCAACAGUUAUCUUAACAACGUUUUUAGUAAGAACAAUUACAACGCGAACUUUGUUAGACGGAACACUCACAGUAAAGUUGAUUCAAACACUCAGACCAACGUCAACUCUGGUCCUGUUACGACAGUGACUAUACCGUACAUCAGGGGGACCUCUGAAACUAUCGCACGUAUAUUACAACCUUACAAUAUACGUGUUGCACACAGACCGAUAACCACUUUACGACGACUACUUACUAAUGUCAAGGACAAAGACAAACCCGAGGACAGAUAGGGAGCAGUGUCCAAGAUCAAAUGCUGCGACUGCCAGGCUUCUUACAUUGCUGAAACCGGCAGAAACCUUAGCACGCGACUGACCGUACACAAACGAGCGAAGAGGAAUGGUGACGUCAACAAUCACAUUGCUGAGCAUCAUUCACAGACGAAACAUCAAACUGACUGGGACUCUGUGACAUGUAUAACGUAUUCUACAGAUUACUAUCAAUGUCUUACUUUAGAAAGCUGGUUUACUAACUUAGAACAAACGCCACUGAAUCGUAGCCAACAAUUACCAGCACCGUACAAACGACUUAUUGACGAGAUCAAGAAAAACUGACUACGAAAGAAAGACUGGAGAACUGACAAUUUGACUAACAAUAGACGACUGUUUAACUGUGACAAUAGACGGAUCGAAAUGCACCAAUUACUGUUUACGGGUCUUCCUAGCCAAUAACAUCACGGCUUAACUGACAGACGACCAAUAACAUCGCGACAUAAUUGACCAAUCAGAUCAACAACCAGAGUAUAAUACCAUCAACCGUGAUAAAACUCACUUUGACUCUGAAGAUGACUGCAGCACAGGUUGUCGAAACGUCAGUCACUGUCAACAACAACUGUCCUGUUCAGGACUACGUUUACCCGGACGAUCAAACACAACCUACUUUUGAAAUGACUCCUGGGUUCAAGCCUUUCACAGUUUUAGUCUGUUUUCUCACAGAGGGGGCGAGGUUGCUCGAGUGUCUCCCGCGUUUCUCUAGCUUGGCUAACAGGUAAUAGAGAUGACUGCUUCGCAGGCCCCGGGGAAGGGGGCGGGGGUACUGCCAUGUAUGGGCUAUAUGGGUAUGUGCUGCUGUGAAAGGCAUGGUUUUCAAGCAGUUUACUCUGGGAUAGGGUACAUAAAUCAGAAAGUUUGGUUUCCGAUUUUAGUCUAGACCAGGAGCCCAUCAAAUGGAGCCUCCAUCUCUCAUACAAGCCCUUGGAGUCAGCCCUUUCCCGAGUAGAUUUAUAAUUAGAACAGUUCCCAGGGGAGACUUCGCGCGCCGACGGUGGGAAGCCAAUCACAACGACGAAAUGACACUGCUAUUAUACUUCAUCAAACAGCAGGAAAUUCCGUGUUGACAGGCCAAACACAAUCAUAAGCUAGUGAAACGUGACUUUAGCGUUUUCAUCCCUCAGAGACUUUCUUUUUUUCUUUCUAGGGGUAGAUUAUACUGUGGAGAGUUUUAAACUCUGACUAUGUUAAUCUUAAUUUUGGUUGCUUGUCUCACAUUAAGAGGCCAUGAAGCUGGUCUGUUACAUGCAUAAUGAUUAACUACUACCGGCAGUCUGUAGUUCUGACAGGAUUCGUUUCCUUUAGCCAAUUUUUUUGCGCGUUAAGGUUCUUAUUUCGGCUAAAUGACUCAAUAUUAAUCAAAUUUCUAGUUUUUCAAUUUUUUUUCCGCAGUGGGUUUAUCUGAUCAUGAAUAAAUACUUGUAGUCCUUGUGGUUGUUUUGUUCGUCAGCUAGUGUGAUGAUUCCCUGCUAUGUUUUGUAACGCCGGGCCCAGCCAAUUGUUUUCUCGCAAAAAAGUGAUCUACAGAUGCGAAUUCGAAGGAAGAAAUUGAGCCUAAACUUCUACAUUAACUGCUGAGAAUUGUCCUGUUAGUCGGUCAUGAUUCUUUUGGCGCAAAUACAAUCCAUUUUGUUUUUCUUUAGAUAAGUGGGUCUUUGGACUGGAGCGCGAUGUCACAAAUUCCUCCGUUAGCAAAUUACUUUUGAUUUAGCUUCACGGUCGAGCAACUGUUGUCUUCUGUUCAACUUUUCAAGUGCCAGUUUUCUCAGGCAACUCUCAUGAUGAUACAAGUCAGUUGUAAUGGAAGACUGCAAUUUCUCAAAUUUCGGAACUGAAGCAUUCCUCGUUAGUUGCUACUUGGGUCAUCGCUUUUGCUUUGCACGCGGUGCUUAACAGUUACCUGGCGAAAACCACUCCACGGUGAUGACAAAACUCAAAUGAUUCUGGCAAUUUUUUCGGCGCUAAUCAUCGAAAAGUUCCAAAUCUUCCACAGAACGCUUAAUCGUCGACUCUUUCCAAGGUGCAUACUUAAAUGUGGGAUGUAUGACGGCAAAAAAAAAAAACACUCGCAAAGAUAACCUUUCCGUGAUCCUCAGUUCGCUGUCUUUGUCCCAUCACUUCAUGCUUAGUCUCAGUGGGGUAAUUCAUUAACUUUUAUUUCAUGAUACCCAGAUCCCAGCGGCUGUAAAAUUGUAAAAAUGGACGUAAAGGAAAAAAGGAAAACGGUCGAAGGGCGGGCUUCUGAGUUCGACUUCAUCCAGUUUUAUUUUUUCACGGUGACACACGAGACCCACGGAAAUAUGACACUUUUCGCGGGAAACUAGCCGUUCUAUUUAUAAAUCUACUCGGGAAAGGGUUGACUCAAGAAAUUAAUGGAGAUGGAGGCUCCAUUUGAUGGGCUCCUGUCUAGACUAGGGAAACCGGGAUUGCCACACGAAAAUAUAAGAAAAUCAAAUCGGUUUUGUUUUGGCUAGACUGUACUAGUGACCUCAGUAGUUCCUGGAAAACAGCUACUCUAGGAUAGGGGAGAUUUGGGGAGUUAAGUAUAGUAUAGGGUUGGAAAAUUCUGCUGAACUAGCUCUGGUAUAGGCUAAGGGUUCCAGGGUCCCCCAAAAUUCCUAAAGUAUCCCCCCGGGUUCGCAGUCUACUAACCUGAUGGAUAAAUGUCCACUACAUAUUUCGUUCAGUUGUCACGUGUCCCGCCCUACCAACACCUUACAAUGGUACCCGUCAGGGAUGCUCAGGGGCAUCCAAAGAAACCUACAACACUGUCUGCCAGUUUUCCUGUCAUCCCGGUUUAGUCAGUUUGGGCUCCUCAUCUAGGACAUGUCUUCAGAACGGAAGUUGGAGUGGCCAAGAUUUUGUUUGCCAAGGUAAGAAUAUUAUUAGCGCAUUCGGCAUAAGCUUUCGUUAAAUUUAUGACGCGGGAAAUUUGGCAAGACUGUAGUAAUUGAAGACAACCAAAGGAGCCUGCAGUCCUAAUCUAUAAAAGAUUGCUAUUACGCAUGUGCGGUAAGUAUGUAGCCAGCAUUCGUUUGGGCUUCCACUAAGAAAAAAGAAAAAACGCAUAGAACACAAUCUAAUCACGCGCCUUUUGACCUUCUAUCAAGCGAAGCUUACGCAAAGCACAGCGAUUGAAUUUCACUUCCUAACCUUUGGUUAAUCAAUACUAGUUUAAAUUGUUUCUUCGGGUCAGACUUACCAUCCUGCAAGUUAUCCCUUCUCUUUGCGAAAACAAUUAAACACAAAACAGAAGACAUCUAAGAAAUUUAAGAUCUAGCAAACUUCAACUACAAGUGGAAACGUUUAAGACAAAUCGGUAUGAUACGUUAAAGGAGCUAACACUAUAUUACGUCAAUUGAAGGAAACCUUAAAAUAUCAGGUAAAAGCGACCUUCUGAGCAUGAAUAAAUGGUAAAGCAUGGUUUAGGCUGGAGACCUGAUUGGCAUAAUUUGGCCAUUUUGUGUCUUCAAUUUUUUUUUUUUUUUGCGUUGUUUGCAGUGCAUCAGAUGUCAUUUAACUAUCACAAGUAUGUAAAAAAAUUUCUUUUUCUUUUCUACAUGUCAGCGGUCAUUUGUCCCCCUCUGGUGACUCCACCCAAAUCCCUUUUGCUGACCCCUUCCUGUGGAAGUACUUAUGGAUCAGGUUGCCGAUAUUCCUGCCAAAGUGGUUACACUAGCUUCAUCGGAAAUGUCACAAGAACGUGUUUGCUGAACGGUCAAUGGAGUGGAAAUGACAUAAACUGCACAGGUUGUUACCUAACAGAAUGUAAUCCUAGACAAUUUUACCUGGAUCAAAGCUCUUGUAGCUGAACAAAAGUCAUUCAAACUAAAGCAACGGCUAAACUAGUCUACUUGGAAGCCCAAUUUAAAAACCAUCCUUUUCCAGUAACGCUUUCCGAUUUCCCACCAUGAAAGAACAGAGCAGUUUUCUUAUUUUAUAAUUCAUAGUAUGAUCUCAUUAUUUUGUUAGCUUGUUUCAUGAUUCUCACGUUGUCAUGGCCUGUUCUAAAGGUAUUUAUUUUAGGCAAUUUGUUUUCUUCUUUCUUAAGACACUCAACCCCCAAACUUUGGUGCAACAUGCCCGGCAAAAACAUUGUUCGCCUAUGCUGAGAGAGAAAUGCUUUCUGCCCUGGUGAACUGGACCCAGCCGGUUGCCACUGACAACUCAGGAGUUGUCAAAUCAGUGACGUCAAAUUACCAGUCGCCAACAAGGUUUAGUCAAGGAACUCACUUGAUCACAUACACAGCUGUGGACCAAUCAGGAAACAAAGCCAACUGCAGGUUUUCAGUCAUCAUUUUAGGUAACAAAGACUGUAUCCAAUAAUAUUCAUUAACUCCGUUUAAUUGUACUUUGUCCGUCAGCGUGUGCAGUCCACUGCACUUCCUGAGGUUUCGACCUGGGGCAUUUCAGACCGCUCAAAGUUAAAACUUUGGAUUUACGUCCUCUAUCUGUGACUGAAUUAACUAGGGGCCCUUACCCUUGAAUACGCUUAGCUAACGUUUUGUUUGACUGCCGUUUUGUCUUAUUCUAGGUGUUUAUCAACAGCAAUAAUAGUGAUAUCCCUUUUGUAUCUCUUCUUGGUUAGUGAUCAAUUGUACAACUCUACGAGUUAGUCCUGGAGGUCCUUUACAAAUGGACAGUUGUGGUGAUCAUUAUGGUUCAAAGUGUAACUUCUCCUGUGCCGUUGGAUACCGUUUGAAUGGGUCUUCAACGGUGACAUGCAAUGCCCCUGGUAACAGCCCUCCAGGAGUCUGGGACAGUCCUAUUCCUGUAUGCCAGGGUACGUUUUCAGGGUACAAUAUUGAUGUCGUGCUUUUCAUCUCUAUUUCAAUAAGGAAGCAAUAGACGCUUGGCAACCAUUUAAACCGUUUUCAUGGUAGGAUGCUGACGUCAUGCUGUUCAUCUCUAUUUGAAUAUGUUAUACUGAAAGUAGAACUGUGAGCAGAGCUUUCUUUCCCGCUUUCACGGCUUCUAGCAUUUAAGAAGUCCUUGGACUAAUAAGCCAUGCGAACGACUGCAUAAAAGUUCGCAUGAUAGCUCGACACCCACCCCUUUCGGUUUACUCCAUAAACUAGUGUCCUGUAUAAUCCUUUUUUCAAAAGUAUCAGACGAGUGUUUAAAAUUUAUUUCUUCAUUAGAAAUUACCUGCCUAUCUUAUCCUGAUCUAAUCAAUGGAAUCAAACGUGGCUGUACUGACCCAGUGUCCGAACGCUAUAGCGCAAUUUGUAGCUUCUCUUGUAAUGUUGGCUACAAUUUGACCGGCUCGUCAAGGAGACAGUGCCUGGAAAAUGGAACAUGGAGUGGGGUGGCUCCAACUUGUCAAGGUAAGUAUUAUGACACCGCUCAUAGAGGAGGUAUUUCUUACGAUUUCAAAAUUGGCUAACUUAACUAAAUAAAACGCUGUGGGGGAGAGGUUUUUAUCAUAAAUAUUGUCCUUUGUAUUCCUCAAUUUGUGGGGGUGGGCGUUCUACCCCGAGUUAAAUUGACAAAAAUAAUGCCUUUUCCUGGGUAGUGUGCCUCAAAUUUUUGACUCACACAUUCGCAUGUCAUUCAGUUAACGCGUCCAUGUUGAUUCAGAUAUGAAACUUUCCCAGUGGUGGGUGUUGUUAUGGAAGGCAUUUUGAUACUAAAGUAGUGACUGCUUUUUCACGACACUGCACUCACACAUCGGCUGCACGGCCUGUAGUAGGAAAGUAAAUUACAGGCGGCGAAUUUAUUAAGCGCUACGCUUUUUCUGUGGGCGCUUUUUGUUUUCUGAAUAAAGUAAUGCUACGUCGGCCAUUUUGAAGUCGCGCAGAAAGACUGGGACGAUGUUGUCUCAAAUUGCAUUGUGGGACUGUUUUUGAUCCAGUUUCCUUCGCAACUGCAGUCGCCAAUAGAAAAAACUAGAUAAACAAUCCCACGGUGCAAUUCGACACAACAUCGGCCCACUCUCAAUCUCAAAAUGGCCUAUGACGGAAAUGUUUUUUUUUUUCUUAAAUCACAUAUUGCAGUGGUAAACUGCAGUGCACUCACGCCUCCUGCAAAUGGUGCGGUGUCUCCACGUUCGUGUUUAUCAAGAAGCACUUACGGCCAGUCCUGCAGUUUUUCCUGCAAGACAUCAGGCUACGUUCUAGAGGGCACUUCAACAAGGGUAUGUGACAAGAACGGAAAGUGGACUGGGAACAAGGACACUUUUUGUCGAGGUAUCGAGUAAUUUCUUCUUUAAGUGUUACACUACGAAAACUUUUUUUUUGUUUUUAACCUGUUACCAGGUUUUUUUAUUGUUAUUAUUAUAGAAUUUUUUACAGCGGUUGCAAAAAAUAAUAAUGAAAUAAAAUGAAGAAAAAGUAGGGAAAAAAGUACAGUAAAUAAAACUGCAUGUAAUAACGGAAAGCCGAAGAAACGAAGCAUUAAUCACUACUUUUAACAUCAUUACUACGCUAAACAAAAACACAAGUUAACACACCUACAUCGCUAUACACUAACACUAAAUACUAAACACUAGACACUAGGCAAGCGUCACUUGAAGAAACAAAUAAGAAAAAGCUACAUUGGUGGAAAUUGUCGUCGCUGAAGCGUGGUGAUAGCUAAAGUUCCAUCAACAGCAGUAGAGGUUCCCAUUUUUUAUUGUGGAAGUGGAGUUUGUUAUUUUUGUUCACAAUGAAACGUACUAUUUGGUAUGUUUUUUACAUUUUGCAAAUAAAAGGCUAGUCGAGAGGGAUGAUAUAUUUUGAACAAAAAAUAAAGAUAUUUACUCUCGAGAAUAAUAUAAUUAGCAAGAAUACUGUCAUCAUCAUCCCAGCAAAAAUGGCCAAAUAAAAUAUCCUUAAUGUCGAAGUUGGUUGAGACUAGGUCUUGCGAUUUAAGAAUAGUGUUAAGCUCAUUCCAGAAAGUGUUUCGCAGUGAAAGAGGAAAUGUUCUAGUGUCUCUGAUUCUUCAUUGCAGAAGUAGCAUAAUGGAGUUUUAGAUAAACCAAAUUUGAACAACGUGACAUUUGUGUAACAGAUUCUAUGAAGUAUUUUGUAUUGAAACUCUCUUACUUUUGUGUCCAGCGUUAUUUUGAAAAAUAAUGAGUGCACUUUUUCCCAAUCUAAUUGAAAGGUCUCUGCAUAAAUCUUUAAGAUGCAAUUAAAAACUGUCCCAAAUAGUUCAAGAGAUUUAAAAAGUAAGUCCAAACUCAGGGAGUCAAAAGCCCUCUUAAAGUCUAUGGCGGACAUUAUCCCUUCAUAUCCCUUCAUUUCCGUAUAAUCAAUGAUGUCGCUUAUUAUUCCAACGGCAUCAAAAAUCGUUCUUCCUUUCACGAAAGCAUUUUGGUCAUGACGGACUACAUAUGGCAGGACUUUUCCUAAUCUCUUUGCGAUCAGCCUUUGAGCCUAUUUUAACGUCUACGUUUACUAGAGAUAUCGGUCUCCAAUUUUUGAUAACUCCUCAAUCCCUGUCUUUCUUCUCUAUUAGGGUUAUUAUAGCUUCUUUCUGCGAAGUUGAUAACUCCUCAUGAAUGUAAGAGUAGUUCAAUCAUUCGACCGGCAAGUAACCUAUUUGUGGCCAGAAAAAUUUAUAAAACUCAGCUGAGAGUAAUAACUUGCCUUUAUUUAUUUAACAAUUAUUUAUCUCUAUAGUCAGUGAGAUUAAAAACCGAUGUACGUAAAAACUGAAUAGCAUCAAAAAGGACCUAUCCUAUUUAAUCAAAAUCUCUACACCCAAAUAAAUUAGGAAGAAGUGAAAGACAUAUAAGACAUUAAUCUAGUUUAGAAUUGUCUAUGCGCAUCCUUUUCUUGUUUUCUUAUUAUUAUCCUUAAAUUUAACAAGAUCUUUGUCGAAACAAAAUCUGGUUGUUUUCAGACAAUACGCCUCCUUCUUUUAACGGCAGUUGUCCAAGAAACAUGGUGGUUUCUGUUCCUAAAUGUUCGUCCAGUACUUUGGUCUCGUGGAAUGAACCAAUAGCAAGAGAUAACUCUGGUCACAUGACCUUAAGCUACUCAGCAGUGCGUCCUCCAGCCAAUCUAAGUAUUGGGCUGCAUUAUGUUCACUAUUCUGCAGAAGACGCCGAGGGAAACAGAGCAAACUGCAGUUUCGUGGUGCAAGUCAUAAGUAAAUAUACCCAUCAAUAAUUGUUUUAUCAUUCCUUCAAAAUAAUUCCAAGUUUAAAAACAAGCUAAAACAUGCUAACCUCGGUCGAUGUAAGUUCAUAUCCAUAAUGCAUCUUUAUUGGGAAGUUCAGGAGAUUAAGGUCUGCUCAGGUCUGCAGAUAUAUAUACUCCAAAUUAAUAGCAGAUGUCCGUCGAGUUGUCUUCUUGCUGUUCUUGCGAUGUUUUUAAACAAUAUUUCGCCGUGAAACGAGUAAAACUUUCCCCAACAGUUCCGCCAUUUUGUUCUAACUACCAAAACAAUUCAAUCUCGUCCCCAGGUUUUCUUGGUCAACGGUUCAAUAAUCUGCAACAAGGCUGCACUUUUGACGUCAUUUUGACGUCAUCGGUUCAAGAUGAUAAAAUUCUUUCCAAAUUUGGUCAACAGCGGCUGGUUAUGGUGAAUUAUGCGUGUGGUUUUAACCAAUCAGAAACAGGGAAAUAUUUUGAAUGAAUAAUAAUGCCAUUUAUCGAUAUUUAGUUGCCUCAAUUGCUUAUGACUCCUAUCUUACACAAACGCACUCACCGCCUACACUACUCCGUCAUGGACGAUAAAGAUCCCUACAGCAGGUCACUGACAAGCUCAAACAAAAUAUUUAAAUAUUCUAUAGUGUGUAAGGGAUUGCAUGGCAACAUCAAUAUCACCUUUCCGGGAAAUGUGGGGAGGGCAAGAAGGCGGGAUAUCGGGAGAAUAAGGCCAGGAGGGAUACGGAAAGCGGGAGAGGAAAGAGCAGUAGGAAGAGUUUUAAAACAUCGGAAUGCCGGAUAAAUAGGGGAGAAUUACGCAUUAAUGCUUAGUAUUUUGCGAUCUAAAGAGGGCUAGAGGGAGGAAUCCAAGAAUAAAAGGGCAAAACCCGGGAAUGUAACAUGUCCUCCUGCUGAAAUGACCCCAUACUUAUGAAAUGACUCCUGGGCUCAAACCGUUCACGGUUCAAACCUCUUACAGAAAUGAAUUCCAUUGAAGCGUAUUGUUCCAAUUUAGUACUUAUGUCCAUAGAGAUGCCCACAGAAAUCGAGUUUACGGUCUUGUAAAGACGUAGUAAUUGAUGGAAUGUGUUUAUAAAGUCCUUACUUGGUCAAAGAUCUUUAUAUAAAAUAUUUAAGGCUGAUCUAAGAAGCGUUAUACAACACUCAAUCCAUAUCUCAUCGUUCCUCUUGGGACAAUGUCUCCAAGUCUGUGCUGCAUUCAACCUCUGAGUAAGGUACCUGCAACAUACAUUAAUAAGCUAUAUGUUUAAAGUAUUUUGUUUUCAUUUUCGCAGAAAGGUCGUGCCCGGUCCUUCAACCGCCAUUAUAUGGCGCCAUAACUUCUCUUUCAUGUGGAUCUGCCUACGGUUCUCAAGCUAUUAUCGCUUGUAACGAGGGACAUCGACAGGCUGGCUCACGAAUGCGGUCAUGUGAAGCAAAUGGUACUUGGUCAGGCAAUACAACUACCUGUGAAAGUAAGAACCUUAAGAAAGCACAGCAUCUGACUCGUCCCCAGUCAUCUAUCACAACCUCUCCUCGUGGCGCGCGGGGUGUGAUGUGAAGGAGGAAAACGAGAGAGAGAGAGUCCUCCAGUCACGUCUUCUCCCUUCCCAUUACCCCCUGCUCCCACCGCGCGCGUCACGCGUAGACCACUGGGGACGAGUCAGACACAGCAUAUCCUUUGCUAUAAAUUAAUUGCAACUCAUACUUUACUUUGACAACUGAUAACGGUUCCUAAACGAACUCAGUUGUUGAUGCAUUAAUUUACGCCGAUGAUAAGGCGCCAUGGUGCAAGUUAAUCUUUGUGUAACAUUUGAACAGUAACAACAAUUUUUAAAAAUGUUUUUUGAUUGCCAUUGAGUAUUCUAAGUGUGUAGACGAACCAUCACAAACACUUCCUUUCCAGCCGCCCUCCUCCUGGCCUCGCUGAGAGCUGGUAGAGUAAACUGAUCUAAAAAACCAAGUCACAAAUAAAUUUCUGAUCGUAUUCCUGAAACCGAGGCUUUUUUCCUAACUGUCAGUGUUAUAUUCUAGCUCUUUCAUUUUUUCAUACAGAAACUAACAUUAUGAUAAAAUGAAUAAAACAAAGAAACACUUCUUUAGUCGAAUUCCCUUCUUUAGUUCGUUGGCUUCUAUUUUGGUACAAUAAACGGCAAAAAGCGUGGUAAUGGCCGUUUUUAUACUAGACGACGCAUUAUCCGUCAAUCAGUGACAUCGUCCUAAGUAUAAAAACGGCCAUAGACGCAUUACCCGUCUGGACGAACUUGGGCAAAUUUUUUGUAGUUCGAUUGGUUAUGCGUCUUAAGUAUAAAGACAAGCACAAGAUGCAUUAUGCGUCUGGGCGAACUUUCCUUCGAAAUACGUCUUGAACGACGUACUACGAAAGGUAGUUCCUCUGGACGCAUAAUGCGUCUUGUGCUCUUCUUUAUACUAGAGACACAUAACCAGACGAACUACAAAAAGUUUGCCUAAGCUCGUCCAGACGGGUAAUGCGUCCUUAGUAUAAAAACGGCCAAUGUGAUUAAACAUAUUUCUUGGAAUUAUUUUCUAUCUAGUUGUUAAGUGCCCUUCCAUCAAAGCUCUGGCCAACGGAAAAAUCAGCCCCGCUCCCUGCAGUCUUUCUGGGGGAGUAAGUUAUAAGACCCGUUGUUUUCUACAAUGUGAUGUCUCAAACGGGUAUCAACUUGAGGGUCCCACGCAAGUAUCUUGCCUUGCAAAUGGCUCUUGGAGUGGAAACAUUAGCAAUAUUACCUGUAAAGGUAAGUACCAAAAGUGCUGCUGAUAAUGACUUAAAAUUGGACUUCUUUAAAUGUAGAAUCUUGGAGUAUCUCCUUUGCUUUACUGCUUGAACCUCAGGUUGCACUGGCACAAGUACUUAGCGUACUGAUACACUUGAACAAACGUUUUUUCCCAAUCUGUGAAAAUAACUAUGUAGUUUGGCUUUUAUACUACUACAUGAGAAAUUUCUGCAAUUUGAUUGGCCUAGAGCAGUGGUAUUUCAGCUUAAUUUGAAAUACCUGCAUGUGAAAAUUACAAAACCUUUGCGGGUAGUAGUAUAAAUAAAUAAUAGCAUGAUUGAUUUGUACCUGAUAUUUGGCUUAAAUACCACUCGUGAUAUUUCAAAAUUGUCUCAAAUUUCACUCGCCUAACGGCUCGUAAAAUUAAGUAUAACAUUUCGAAAUAUCACGAGUGGUAUUUAUGCCAAAUAUCACUACAAAUCAUGCUAUUACCUAUACUUAUUUCUAAAUACGUAACUACAACAGAAAAACGAAAAAUUGCUCUUUUAACAGAUAUGCAACCUCCCAGCAUUCAAUGCCCACCUAACAUGGAGACUCCCACAGCCGCUGGGAAAUCAUACGCAAUAGUCACGUGGCAGGUUCCAGUUCCAACCGACAACUCUAAAGGACCCUUGAAUCUUAGUGGCCUACUUCCUCCACAGCGAAUGAAUGUUGGCACAAACUUAAUCAGAUACGAUGUCACUGAUUCGGAAGGGCUUAAAGUGGACUGUGUUUUCUCCAUUCGAGUUAAAGGUGAACUUAGUUAAACACAUUUUGCCCCUUAUAAAAUAAAAUUUGUGAUACUCCUUAAAACAAGGUUAAGUUUCAUGUUGGGAAAACUUGUUGUUGCUGUUUUGUUUUGGUUUUUUUGGUUCACACUUUUUUUUCUAUCUUUGUGGUCUAAGGGUCUAUAAUAGAUGGAGAAAAAACCAUGCCCUUGGUCUAGUCGGAGGGGUCCGAACUCUUAUGAAUAUAAAUGUCUUACGGGAGAAUUCCUUUUUAAAAUGAUCACCAACUUUCAUCUUGUAGCUUAACAAUGAAACUUGCGAUGCGAGUUGCCUCUCACUGGACGUGACAAAAUCUGGACAAAUCUGUUUUAACACCUUACAAGGAAACCAAUAUGGCGGACGUCACGUCAUGUGAAAACAUGUCGUCAUGUUUGAUUAACAAAAUAUUCUGGCUCCACCUCUGAGAUUCCAUUGCAGGGGAGAUUUGUUAAGAGUUGAUUGUAUUGUCCAAACGUUAUGUAUUUACAUGAACAGAUGUAGAACCCCCCAAGAUUGUUCUCUGUCCUGGUGAUAUCAAGAUUAUAUCAACAGCCAGAUGGCAGAAGCUCGUCCUGCCGUCAGUUAAUGUCUCAGAUAACGUGGGUGUGGAGCUCUUCUCAACAAAUAUUCAAAAUGGAAGCGAGGUGACAUGGGGAGACUAUAACGUCACUUACAAGGCACUCGACAAAGCAGGAAAUGCUGCGCAGUGUAGAUUCCUUUUCACUAUAGCUGGUAGGUAAUGCUUAUGCAGUAAUUUUCAAGGAGCAGCUAUAGCUUAGGUGGGAGGGGGAGGGGAUGAUAUUUCCAGAAAAUCCGCGUAGUACGCUGUGUGUUUUUGGAAAACCUUGUAUUUAUUUUUGACCGAAGUGUAACAUUUUCUUCGUCGUUUAAAACCUAUACCGAAAUUCCAUAAACUACUCGAUCCAAACCUGACCUUAAAAGCCCGUACACUCUGAUACAUGAUUCCAUCUACCUAGCAAAUAAUUUGGUUUGCGUCCACAUUUAAGAAGUUCUUCAAUUAUUAAUGUUGCGUCUCUUAUGAGCUCUUCCUAAUUCUACACGUCGGUUCCAGUCCAGUGGGACUUACCUUAUCCCAUUUAAGAGAAAAAUAAUUUAAGCCCAAUAAAGCUAAUUGAGCAUACUUUUUGGCACUGCACAUCUACAUAUAUAGCUCACUCAAAAGAGAGACCAGUUGAUACAUUACACUUUUCUCUAAAACUAACGAAUGAUAUCAGUCAUAUCAUUAACUAAUUAUAAUUUCCAUUAUUUAUUACAAAAGAUUCACCAUGUGAAGAGCUUGCGCCACCUAAGAAUGGAGCCAAAGCGUGUGAAACGUGGAUGGCUGGACUUACGUGCUCGGUGCAUUGUAAUAACGGAUAUGGAUUUGCGAACCAACCACGUCCCGUAUAUAUCUGUAGCCCUACCACUGGAGAAUGGUUUCACGCAAGAAAAAACAAAGGGAAGAAACCGUCCCUUCCUGAUUGCUCAAGUAAGGAAAUGCAUUUGAAGAGUCAACUCUCUUUAAGAUAAACUUGACCGUUGUGACCGGAGACUGGACAACAGCAGGGAUCAACUUUAGGGGUACUUAACAUUUACAUAGGGAAAGCCGGAAAUACCGAUCCCUUUGAAAAAUCUACUUUUGCGCGCCAUUCCGUUUUGGGGAGCUCCAAAAAAUAUGGCCUAUGUUUUGAUGCGAUGCGAUUUUUCCACUCUUUUUAGGGUUUUCAGCCGAUAUGGAUAUACUUUGUAGCGGAUCGUUUUCCCAUAAUGUAAAAUUUUAUAAUUUUCUGUUUAAAGUGGUUUUUGUAAAUGGUGAGCACCCCUGGUGUCCUAUUAUAGAGAGAUGUUCGUCUGAUAGAAGCGUCCUUUAAGAAAGAGUUGCCUUUUUUAAUCUUAACCGUAUAUAUCAAGAAAAGCGACCUGAAUUUGAGAACAAUAGGUGUUUUUUUGUAUUGUUACUUUUGAUCUUUUCUUGCCUUGUAAGGACAAAAACGAUCAACGUGAAACAAUAUCAUCUUGUAACUUUAGCCUUAUCGCAAAACUGAUGGGCUUAAUGUCUACUAAAAUCAAGGAACCUAGCUUAAACGCAGUAUUUACUUUCCAUAAAGGCGCCUACGUUACAGGUAAACAAUUAACAUAUGAAUAUCGGUUUACUCAACAAGGGUAACCAAAGACAUUCGAAAAGUUGGACAGUUAAUGAUCACUUGGGUGCCCCACCUCAUUAAGUUUGUUGCAUCGUAACCUAUUAAUUUUUUUAAUUCUUUUUCUCCAUAAUAGAGACACACAUACCCAAAAGUGCUUUGUGGAACGGACAAUACCACUAUCUCACUGACAAUUGCGGCGGAGAAGAAAUGAGAGAGGAGAUCGCAAGGAACUUCAUAGAAGUUUUAAUGAGAACAACGUUUGGUCAUGCUGGAGCUUGUAGUGACGUCUCUCAGUGUAAUGUUCAAAACGUCAAGGUCGAAUGUGGCGUUACAACUCGUCGAAAAAGAUCAGAUACGACUAGUAACCAGAAUACGACGACCAUUCCUAUGACUGUUAGCUUUUCGCUGCAAAUUCCCUUACCUAACAAUCUCAACACAUCUGUGGAUAUAAACCAGACAUCUGUGCAAAUUUCGAAGGAAGUACUAAAUGUUCUGAACAAAGUCGAUAUGACUUUGAAUGUCGGUGGAAUCGUUAUACGUACAGAUCCUUCAAAACCUCCGCAGAUUCAGCUCUCUCGUCUGGUUUGUGAAGAGGGGCAAGUUCAGAGUGGAGUUAUGUGUGGUAAGGAGGACCGGCCCAAUAAUUGACCUUUUUCAAUUCGAUUAAUCGGGUACUGAGUUUAUUAUUAUGUUUCGGCCGCAGCAUUUAACGCCUCGUACGAAAUCUUUUCCGGCGAAUCCCAAAAUUUCGUCCCUAGAAUUCCUGGCCAACAAAAUAUUCCCGAGAGCUCUAAAUGGGAAGUUUGAUUCUAUCAAUAUAGUCUGUCCACAGUUAGUUAAGUUAAUUUCUAACGAAAAGGAGGAAUGACCUGCGUACUUUGAAUGUAAUUGAUAAUUAGGCAGGGAAUUUUUACGAAGCUUGACCCAUUGCAAAUAACCAGUUAAGUUUUCUUUUCUAGUAGAUUGGAAGCAUUUAAUAAAGACUGUGUCGCUAUGUUUUAUGGUCGAAGUAAGUAAUAAUGACAUUGACUUUCUUUAUCUUAAAAACCAGUUAACUGUCCCAUUGGAUACUUUUUCGAUGGCACAAGCUGUCAAGCAUGCGAAGUAAAUCAAUAUCAGGAUCAAGAGGCCCAGACUUCCUGUAAAUCAUGCCCCUCCGGAACAUCAACUUCCGGUCAGCAAGCAUCAAAGAAAUUGCAAGACUGUCAAGGUUGAGGCUCUAUUUGCUAUUAUCUUUAAAUUAGAUUACCUUAAUUGGAAUGGUAUUAAGUAACUUUUUCACGUGAAUAACUGUUCGAUUGAAUUAUAUUACAAUCUCAGUGAAAAUAUAAAACUUUACGUAGCUAAUAAAGGCCUGAUUAUUUUAAACAUUUUUAAACAUAGGUGUACGUGGUAUUUGAAUGUUUUAUUAUUAUUAUUAUUAUUAUUAUUAUUAUUAUUAUUAUUAUUAUUAUUUUACCUUUUCGCAAGAUAUUUGGUCUCAUGUGUCCUUUAUAUUCAUAUUUAAGCUUUCCGAGAAACUGUCCUCGGAUCCAAAUGACCUAAAAAUUUUAUUUAUAACAUAACAAAAAGCCACUACCAUUUGCCCGUGGGUGCACGCCAAGAAACUGAGCUAGCGCGGUAAAAUUUAGGUAAAUUCCACAAAUCUCCCCUCCUGACAGUAAAAUACACCGAUGAAAUGUACAGAUGAAAAGUGAAAGAUGAAGAAAAUACUAAGCUGUCGUUUUGAAGGAAAAGAGACAAAAGAUCAAGCGACAAAUUUGCCCUGGAUGAAUCAAUCACUGUUUUCCUCGCGGCUAGAAUCGGCUGAAGGAAAAUCGAGCGAGCAAAGAUUUAAGGUACAUUUUGUGUGUUUUUUAUAGAAGAGAAAGUCUGUUUGAAAUGUAAAUUUAUCAAUUAGCAUUGUGUUAUUGACUUUUUGGUCAAGCUGAUGCUAAAUUGAAGCAAAUAUUUGAGGAAACACGCUCAAAUUCGAGAAAGCUUUGUUGUGAAGUUUUCAUUGCAUCGAUGAAAAAUUUUAGUUGAGUUUAAACGGGCACAUUACGCUGGAAAAAGCCAAUUACAUUUGAGUACAGAAACAUUUGGGUUUUCAAAUAAAUUUUUCAAAAAAUAACUUCUGUGUAACAGUCGUUCAGAGAACGGUCGAAAAACAACAGCUUCAGCGCCGGCUGUGUGCCGGCCAAUUUCAGUUGCAACUUUCACUUUCAUAGCUGGAUUUCCCCAGACAGAUUUCGAUACAAAGCUAGUUAAUUUCUUUUUAAAAUUAGUGCUACCUGUUAUUCUAAAGGAAUUACAGUCACAUUUUCUCAUCUCUACUUUACGUUUAUUUCAAAAAUUGUCGCAUAAAUAAGCUUGAUAAUUAUUUCAUUUAUUUAAUUUUAGCUUAUUUUUUAGAGUCUUUUUAGUUGGUGUUUAUAGUUGCAGCUACAUGUAUAGUUUUCCUUCAAUAUUAAGAGCAAGUAGACAGAUGCCAUUCAGAAUAACAACGAAAAACGUUUUUCAAUUUACCUGAAGACGGAGAACGGUUGAUUCAGCGAAAGAAAAACUCAAAGGCAAGUUGCUGAAAAACAUAGAACAUGAUUUGUUUACGCGCGGGCAGAUGGCAGCAUACAUGAACUCGUACCGAUGACUCAACCGAAGGCAAAUGGAAAAUAAUGUUUUGAUUAUGUUAUAAAAGAAAUGGUAAACGUUGCAGCUGUGCAACCAUGGAGUUAUGGAUGCACUUGAGAGGUUUGUUAAACACUCAAGAAGCUAGAGUCGCACUCGGCGAUACGCUUCUUUCGUGCUUAGCAACCUCCCGCGUGCAUCCAUAACUCCAUAGUUGCACAGCUGCAACGUUUACCAUUUCUUAAUUGGAAGCAGGAAAUGUAAGUUAUUGGUGUAUAAAUACAAAGCAGGAGGAUGAGGAUGUAGGAUGUUUUCAUUGUCUCUAAACUCUCAACCCGUCAUCACGUGUCAACAACGCCAUAUGGAAAAGAUGGUUGUCUUCUCAUUUCUGUACUGUAUAGUGUCACUUUAAGGUUAAACAGUUGGUUUUGCAAAUUCAGUGGUCAGUAGUAUUAACGUCGAUUGAAGAUUUUUGUUUAUUUUCCUCUUCUUAGAUCUACCCAAGACUAGCUCCAAAGAGCAAAGCGCUUUUUCCAAUCAUGUUGUCAUUGCACUAAUAGCUGGCGGGUUAGUUGUGGUUAUUGUGCUGGUACUUUGCGGAAUUUUCAUCAUGUAA